AUCCCAAGCACGAUAACGGCUUUUAUCAGCACCCUUUCACCACGAUACAUACACCUUCCCCAUUGACAAUAGCGCCACAACUCGGUAUGCAUGAUGUCGUUCUCAAUGCUUACGACACGCCAUUACCUGUCAGCGAUACUGUAACAUUGGAUCGUUGCGGGGAACUUGGCCGAGUCUGUGGAAUGAGCAUAGGAAUCUAUAAAGCUUGACUUCAUGUCAGGGGAUAUCAGAUUGUUGGGAGCACUUUGUCAUCCUCAAAAUGCAGCUUCCCGGUCUGGUUGCUGCUGCUGCCCUCAGCGCCAUCUUCGGUGCUGUACCUACAACUGCCGAGCCCAUUGCACGACGCCAGACAACUACAGCGAGCGAACGCCUUGGUCUAACAUGGCUUGGUGGAAACAGCUCCUUGCCCAAAGUUCUCAUCCUGUUUACGGGAGGAACCAUAUCAGGAGGAUCCAUCUACGGCGCUCUAGAUGACACUCAAUACGGACAAAUCGGCAUAACGGGAGAAGACAUCGUCGCCCGAAACCCGUACCUACUUAAUCACACACAGCUCGCUGUGUCGAAUUGGACAACUCAAGGCAAUGGGUCUACAGGCACCAACGACGCCCUCGUCAUGAACAUGACGCGCUUCGCACAUGAUGCUCUCUGCUCCCCCGACAGCGACAUUCUGGGCGCCGUAUUCACACAUGGAACCAACUCCCUGGAGGAAACUGCUUUCCUAAUGGACAGUCUAGUAAAUUGCGGCAAGCCCAUCGUAGCCACCGGCAGUAUGCGCCCUUUCACGCACCUCUCCUAUGAAGGCGACGCAAACUUCUUCGACGCAGUCAUGCUGGCUGCAAGCCCUGCCUCACGUGACCGAGGUGUCAUGGUCGCCUUCAACGCGCGCAUCAUACCCGGCUACUGGGUUACGAAGCUGCAUUCUACGAAUCCCGAUGCUUUUGGUGCAAAUGCCGGCGGCGACCUGGGCUUGUUCACAAACAGUUUACCUGUUUUUUACAAUUCGCCUAGUCAACCGUUGUUCAAGCAUUACUUUGACAUCAACACUGUGUCGUCACAUGCAUCCUUUCCUCGUCUACCCAAAGUCGAUAUUUUGUACGCAGCCCGUGAAUUCGACGGCAAGCUUGUACUCAAUGCGCAAGAGAAUGGCGCUCAGGGCGUAGUCAUUGCCGGAACGGGCAAUGGCGGCAUUCCUAGUGGUCAGGAUGAGAUAUCUGAAGCUUUGAAAAAGGGCUUGCAGAUUGUAGUCGGGACGAGAAGCCCAUAUGGCCCGUUGAGCCCGGCGCGCAGACCCAAUUUCGCCAAAUCUGGCUUCGUACAUCCGACCCAGGCGAGGAUCAUGUUGCAGCUGGCCAUUGCGAGUGGCAUGGGUAUGAAUGAGACAAUUGAUGUUUUCGAGGGUGGAUUAAGGAAGGCUAUUGGUCAGCCUUGGACCCCGGGGGGAUGAGGGUGCAUAUGGUGUAGAAACGCAUACAUCAUAAGAGAUGUAGUAAUGCUACAAUCGAUGUCUCCAUUU